GCGGCGCAGCUGCGGCCGCGGAGACCUUCUCCUCGCCUGCGGCGCCGGCCGGGAAGUACUUCCAUUGACCGACUGCUUCCUAGUCAAGAAUCAGGUAUUAGAGUGGGUCAAGUCUCCUGUUCUUUCAGGAUGAUUGAGGAAAGUGCAAAUAAGCGGAAGACCAUGGCAGAGAAGAGGCAGCUGUUCAUAGAAAUGCGUGCGCAGAAUUUUGAUGUUAUACGACUGUCAACGUACAGAACAGCUUGCAAAUUGCGAUUUGUACAAAAGCGUUGUAACCUCCAUCUUGUUGAUAUCUGGAACAUGAUUGAAGCCUUCCGAGACAAUGGCCUUAACACACUGGACCAUUCCACUGAGAUCAGCGUGUCCCGCCUGGAAACUGUCAUCUCAUCCAUCUACUACCAGCUGAACAAGCGCCUGCCUUCUACUCACCAGAUCAGUGUGGAGCAGUCCAUCAGCCUUCUCCUCAACUUUAUGAUUGCUGCCUAUGACAGUGAGGGCCGAGGCAAGUUGACGGUAUUUUCAGUUAAAUCUAUGUUAGCAACCAUGUGUGGUGGAAAAAUGCUGGACAAACUGAGAUAUGUUUUCUCCCAGAUGUCAGAUUCCAAUGGCUUAAUGAUAUUUAACAAGUUUGACCAGUUUCUGAAGGAAGUUCUGAAGCUCCCAACAGCUGUCUUUGAAGGGCCAUCUUUUGGUUACACAGAGCACUCAGUCCGCACCUGUUUCCCACAGCAGAAAAAGAUAAUGCUCAAUAUGUUUUUAGACACGAUGAUGGCCGACCCGCCUCCCCAGUGCCUUGUCUGGCUACCUCUUAUGCACAGGCUUGCCCACGUCGAGAACGUCUUCCAUCCCGUGGAGUGUUCCUAUUGCCGCUGUGAAAGCAUGAUGGGCUUCCGGUACCGAUGCCAGCAGUGCCACAACUACCAGCUCUGCCAAAACUGCUUUUGGCGUGGCCAUGCCAGUGGCCCUCACAGCAACCAGCACCAGAUGAAGGAGCAUUCCUCUUGGAAAUCCCCUGCGAAGAAGCUGAGCCAUGCAAUUAGUAAAUCUUUGGGGUGUGUACCCACCAGAGAACCCCCACAUCCUGUUUUUCCUGAGCAACCAGAGAAACCACUUGACCUUGCAAAUAUAGUUCCCCCUCGUCCUCUGACGAAUAUCAACGACACCAUGGUGAGCCACAUGUCCUCCGGGGCGCCCACUCCCACCAAGAGGUUACAGUAUAGCCAGUGUGAGACAGGACACUGGGCCGAUGAGCAUGCGCUGAUUGCCUCCUAUGUGGCCCGUCUGCAGCACUGUGCACGUGUCCUGGACAGUCCUAGCCGACUGGAUGAGGAACACCGGCUUAUAGCUCGUUAUGCCGCCCGACUGGCUGCAGAGGCAGGAAACGUGACUCGUCCACCCACUGACCUGAGCUUUAACUUUGAUGCCAACAAGCAACAAAGACAGCUUAUUGCCGAACUGGAGAACAAAAACAGGGAAAUCCUGCAGGAGAUUCAGCGUCUCCGUCUAGAGCACGAACAGGCUUCUCAACCCACCCCUGAGAAGGCCCAACAGAACCCCACACUGCUGGCAGAGCUGAGGCUGCUGAGGCAAAGGAAAGAUGAACUGGAGCAAAGGAUGUCGGCGCUGCAGGAGAGCAGGCGGGAGCUGAUGGUUCAGCUGGAAGGACUAAUGAAGCUGCUGAAGGAGGAAGAGCAAAAGCAGGCAGCCCAGGCCACCGGAUCGCCGCACACAUCACCCACGCACGGAGGCAGCCGCCCGAUGCCCAUGCCCGUCCGCUCCACGUCCGCCGGCUCUACCCCCACGCACUGUCCGCAGGACCCUCUGGGCGGAGUCGGGGGGGACAUGCAGGAGGCCUUUGCACAAGGUACGAGGAGAAACCUCCGCAAUGACCUGCUGGUGGCUGCUGACUCCAUCACCAACACCAUGUCAUCCCUGGUGAAGGAGCUCCACUCAGCUGAGGAAGGUGCAGAGGAAGAAGAAGAGAAGACACAGAAUGGGAAAGACAGAGCAAAUAACAGAAUUACCUUUGGGCAUUCGAGAAUGAGCAGUCCCAUCACACAUGAAUGUGUUCUCUGCUGGAUUCCUUCAAAACGUUAGCGGAGGAGCUGGGCCGGAGAGGAAGCGUGGGCGCAGGGGACGCGGAGCAAGCUGGCAUCGGCAAGAGGAAGGCGAGAUCCUCCCCCAGAGCCACAUUCCUGCCCGUCUUUCUGCCAAACAGCUGGACCAGGCCCGAGGCUGCCAGACGUCACCACCUGCUGGGGAGCGGGGAGCCCCAGCCCCUGGGACGCGGGAGGGGCCGGCCGCCCAAGGGAUGCGCAGCUGGUGGGCCUCCCCUGCCCGGUCCUGCAUGAACCAGCGGCUCCAUCACUCCCCGGGGCAGGGGCUCAUCUCUGCAGCAGGAAUUUACCGGGAGGUUGAAAAGAGAAAAGAAACAGCACGAGUCUCCUGAGUGUGUGACUUGAUGGCGGCCUCGCUGGCCGGCUGCCAGCACGCGGGGGGCUCCCCGGGGUGGGGGCACCAGAUCCUCCCUGCCUGUGACCUUUAAAGAGCAACAGGUUUUCUUCUUCCCCGUCUUGUGCAAAGGCAGCUUCAGACCGUGCUCCGUUCUACAGACGUUCACACUCUGGCCGCAGUGCUAAAAAUAGCCGCCUGC